GAUCUGGCAUACGUUUCCUUGCGACGCCUGCACUCGGCCGCUGUCAAGCCCGCGGCAAGGCACCGGGCGCAGCGCCCAAGCGCGGGAAAACGCAUCCGGCUCAGCCCUAGCUCCUCAAAGCGCUUGCUAUGCAAAUUUUGCAGAAUCUCUUGCAUUAGCGCAUCAGGGCUGCUGGGCGCAUGGCUGGGCUGGAGCAAGUCCGCGCUGCGGGCUCAAAGCGCCUGUGUACGCUUUCAGCUCUCUUCCAGCGCUUUUUAUGCAUGCACAGAAUUCAGCUUUUGCCUUUGCACCCGCUUUGCAGCAACCGCAGCGCAGGCGCGGCCACGGCACUACUUGCAGGCGCGCUACUGGGUGCGCUUGGCUCCAAGCGCUGUCACUUAAGGCUGGCUUAGCAAAUUAAGGUAUUCAUAUGGAGCAGCUUUCCAGGGCAUUCCGCGCGGGUCAACCCACGGUCAAGCGGGAUGGGGCUCCUUUUCGUUUGGGGGCCAUUCUUUACUUGAGCCACGCGCGGCGUUCUAUAGCAAAAGCUUUCAGUGAGCUCAUACACAUACAUACAACUAGCUUUCCUCUCAAGCCCCAGAGCCUCGCCUAGCUAACUAUUUCUGACUUGCGUCUUCUUCCUCGCUUUUCCUAUCAAAGGCCCUCAACUUACAGCAUCGGCUCACUGUGACACUUGUUGCUUGUGGCGACACGCAUCGAGUGGGCGGCACUGCAAGAGGCGAACACGCUUCCGACGGACGGAAACGCGCUCCUGGCUCUCCCGUUCUGUAUGCGGCGGCAAGGGCAGCCUAGCGGUAUGGAUUGCGACCUGCUGGAGCUGCAGCAGCACACUUCGCGAGCGAGGCUGCUGAAGGCCAAGGAGCGGCACAUAGGGCACAGCAGCAACAUGCAGGACUGCAACAACCAGAAGUCCAGCGCCCGCGGUCUCCUGUCCAAGGGCGGCGAGCACAAGGCCGCGGCCAAACCCAUCAAUCCGACCGGCGGUUUCCGUGCCAAGCUUCUGGCGGCUAAGCGCCGUGCCGCCUUUGGCGGUGGCGCCUCGACCACGGCUAAGGCUGGCCAUGUGCCCGCGCCCUCUCCUAGCAGCGGCGGCAGCGGGUCUGACGCGGCCUCCGGCAGCGGUGGGGUCUCCAACGGCUCAUCGCACCAGCAGGCGCCCUCGACAAAAACCAACACCAACACCUGCAGCAACAAGAAUGGUGGCAGCAACAAGACUGCUGGCACCAGCACGACCGCCUCAGUGAGGAUUGGCUUCCCAUCCGUUCGCCGUCGCCCAUCCGCCUCUUCCACCAGCAGCAGGCACGCGCUGCCUGCUGCCGCCACACAACCCACCUCCUGCGUGCCCGGUGCCAAGCCUGCUGCACCCCAGCAGUCCAACGCCGCCGCCGCCACCACCGUCGCUGUUGCUCCUGCGACUGCUGGCUCAUCAUCAGGAGCCCGCCGCAUGGAGGGCCGCUGCCGCCCCUACCGGCCGCCCAUGCGGGUGCAGGGCGACGAGGGCGGCAAGGCGGCCACCGCUGGCACUGGCCCUGGCAGCAGCAGUGGCUCGGGCCUGAUGCUCCGCAGCUUGGUAGGGUGCCUGCUGCCCCACCUCGCCACUGCCGCCAUCGAGAAGGCAGCGCACGUCGCGGCCGCCGUCGCCCGCCGGGUGAUGGCACCCGUCGCCGCCGCCGCCGCCGCCGUGCCCUACCGCCGGAUGGAGGCACCCGUCGCCGCCGCCGCCGCCGCCGUGCCUUGCCGGGUGAUGGUGGCACCCGUCGCCACUGCCGCCGCCGUGCCCUGCGGGAUGGUGGCCCCCGUCGCCACUGCCGCCGCCGUGCCCUGCGGGAUGGUGGCCCCCGUCGCCACUGCCGCCGCCGUGCCCUGCGGGAUGGUGGCCCCCGUCGCCGGCGCGGUGGCGCCCAAGCUCGUGGCCUUCCGGCCGCCGCCGCCGCCCAUCACGCCAGUGCACCAGCACCAGCACCAGCACCAGCAGGCGGGGCCGCGGUACGUGGCGCGGCCGGCGGUGCAACCGAUGAUGGGGCCGCCUGUGGUUCAGGCUACCGCUGGCGCCGCGGCCGUGGCGGCGCCGCGGCUGCUCGUGGGGGCUCCGGUCAAGCUCCUGAUGGCGCCUCAGCUGCUUCAGCGGCAGCAGCACAACAUCCAGCUGGCCAACCGCGUGGCUUGCGUGCCGUACCCGCACCCGCACCCGGCGGUGCAGCCGCAGCCGGUCCUGGUGCACGGCGGCAUGCCGGCUCCGCGCCAGCCGCACCAGCAGCAAGACCAAAGCCUGCAGAUGCGGAUGCAGCAGCUGCAGCAGGCGCAGCAGAUGUGGCAAGCGCAGAAGAAGGUGCAGGAGGCGGAGGCCCGGAAUCAGCGGAUCCAGGAGGCCAUUCAGGAGGAGGAGGACAUUGUUGUCGCCAACGUGCGCGAGCUCAUGCAGCGCUUCACCAGCGGCGCCUCCAAGCCCUUCGAGCUCAUCCGCCUCAAGCGGCACCUGGGCCAGGGCGCCUUCGGCUGCGUCGACUGCUGGGAGGUCACAGAGCGCCAGUCCGCCACCGCCUCCUCCGCCGCCUCCUCCUCUGGCCUGGCGGCGGCGGCCUCCUGCACCGCCACUGCCACCAGCAGCAGCCACACGUUUGAGGCGGCGGUGAAGACCUGCGCUCUGGACCUGGAGGGCCUGGCGGCGGGCGGCGAAACGCCGCAUUCUGUGGAGAUGCAUGCCAAGGAGGCGGCGGCGGUGCUGGCGGUUCAGGCGCUGGACUCGCGGCACCUGGUCAAGGUGCUGGGGGCCUACGUCGACGUGCUGACACCCGGGGAGGACGUGCCGCCCCGAGGCUGCGGCAUCGCCAACCUGCACGUCGGGCGCAUCGUGAUGGAGGUGGCGCGGGAGUCGCUGACUGACGUGGUGACGGGCCACCGCGUGCUCGCGCACUGCGCCGCGGGCGGCGCCGCCGCCGCCUUUGACGCCGACUCGGAGGACACGUCCGGCUACCGGCUGCCCGAGACCGCGGUGCGCGUGGUGCUGGCCUCGGUGCUGCUGGGCCUGCGCGACCUGCACGGCCGCGCGCGGCUGGCUCACCGUGACCUGAAGCUGGACAACCUUCUGGUUGGCACGGACCGGCUUGUUAAGAUCACCGACUUCGGCCUGGUGACGCCACUAGACAGCCAGGGCCGCCUGGUCUCGGAGGUCGGGGGGCGGCGGGGCACGAAGGGCUACCAGGCCCCUGAGACGCUGGCGCGCCGCACCUUCGCGGCCAACGAGCGCGACCUGCCCAGCUGGCCAGCCGCCAAGAGCGACAUUUACGCGGUGGGCGUGAUCGGCGCGGCGCUGGUGUGCGGCACCGAGUCGGGGCCGGAGAUGGAGGCCUUCCGGGCCAGUGGCGAGCUGCCGCCGCACCGGCACGCCUCGCCAGCGCUGCGGCAGCUGCUCAAGGGCAUGGCGGCGGCGGACCCGGCGCAGCGGCUAGGGGUGGAGGAGGCACUGGCGCACCCCGCGCUGCGCAGGGCGCUGAGCAGCGAGCGGGCGCGGCGCUUCAUCUGGUGAUGGCGGCAGGGCCAGAUCGCUCGGGCAUGAGGCGGGCUAGCUACAGGCGGGCAGUGCGUCAGUGAUGAGCGGCGGCUGUCAAAUGAAUAAAGGAGUGCUUACAUGUGUGUCAGAGCCAGAUUGGCCUGAGGGAACAUUGAUUGGCCUCAGGAUAGAACCCUUAGCAAGCAAGCCGUGGAUGGCAGCGUGCAUAGUCGCGGCUGCUAAUCCUUGCUGCUUCCCCUUGAUUGAUUGAUGAUAGACAAUAGAACGCCGCGUUGCCGGCUUGCCGCAAGAGGCAGAUAUUGAGACGAAUGGAUGCUUGGGCCGUGGCCCAAUGGCUCCCUGACGCUGUGUUCUGAAACUGUAGGGUACCAUAUGUGCUGGCGCUUGCGUGUGCGUUAGUUGUCGGUCCUUCGGGCGACGGAUGGCCUGGUAGGACUACCUUGAUUGAGCCCUGUUUUGACUCCUCCUUACGUAGUACGACGUGUUGAUCUCUUUCCGUCCUGUCCGCGUGAUUGCUCGCUGUAUCCCGGAUAUGGACCCCAGCAGUUUGAGCACAGGUCUACCUGGCGUUGAGCUUGCUUGACAUGUCUUGUGUGACCGUUUUGCAACUGAAUCCAUGUGUUCUGUCGGGCCUAUACGGUGCAAGCUUAGCUAUGUAGCCAUGAUUGUGCACGCCUCUGAAGAGCUGCAAGCUGCUGGUCGUUCCUAGGUGCGCAGCGGCGGUGUGCACUGACCGCUCAGAGCGCUGACUCCUGGAACAUAUACAGCGGGUUCGUGCACAUGGUACGAUAACCCGCCUUGUA